AAAAAACAAUAACUACAGUAUAUGUAAUCUUAAAUGUCUUAAUUACGUAUCGAAGACGUCAAACGGUACAAAUACGUAUCAUCUUUUUAUCUCUAAGAAAUCUUGCAAGGGUAACAAAAAAUAUUCCAUCCGUCGUAGUACUGUCAAUUUAGAUCAACAUACACAGCCAUUUUGCCGAUCAGAAUGUAUAGCCAUUCGAGAGACAAGGACUUCUUUAUUUUUAAAAUUCACUCGUAUUUCAUGUUUCUGUGAAUUCUAUCAGUGUAUUUUAUCGUUUAAAAAGAAAAAAACUUUAAGGUGUACUUCUUGAUGUGUGUAUAUCUUGUUUGAUAGCAAUAGUGUUUGCCCAACGAUAUUCUUGUGAAACUGUUGCAUCUAACGUCUAACCUGACUUUUAUUUUCAAAGCACAUUUCGAAUUGAAAUCUUUUUUACUAUGAAUGUAAACAAAUGCGGAGAUACAUCAGUUUUUAAUUGCAAUUUACAAUUACGUUUUCGAUAAACUUAUCACGAUUCGUGAAGUAGUAAUAGUGGUACCGUAAUUUUCUACCUUUAUAGUUUUCGUAAGUUUAUUGAUUAAAACGUAAUGCAAUUUAAUCGAAGAUUUCUUUUUACUUUUUAUUUUUAAAGAAAAAUAUGUGCUUUUUAUUUAUGGUCAUGAGUGAACUGUGAUUAAAAAACUCGAUAAACUGAACAAAAUUUAUAGUGUGUGUAAUAGUGUGGUUGAUUAGUAAAAAAAAUCUUUUGAAACGUAGAUAUUAUAAAUAUAGUAUUUUGAAGUUUAGUGAUCUACUACAAAUUUAAUCAUAAAGAAAUAGUACUUCAAUUGUUUUAAUGACAAAUAUAUUCUUCGAGAUAAAAAUAAUAAGAUUAAUAAGAAGCAUCUAAUAAAAAUGAUUUUGUUGUUUAAAAAGACAUUGGAAUGACUAAAAUUAAACAGAUACAAGAUCAAUGAUUGAUCUUCUUCAAAGAUUGUAUAAAUAUAUAUAAAAGAUUAAUUAUUGAAGAAAGUUCGCAAUGGAUGAAAGGAGAGUAGCAGAUUAUUUUGUUGUUGCUGGUUUACCUGGCCAUAAUGAUGACCUUAUAGGAGAAAAUGAAGUUAAUGAAGAAUUAGAAGAUUGGUGUCAAGAGGGAACACAUUUGAAAGAUAUACAUAUGCAACCUCCUAUCACAGAUCUUGCUGUAAUUUUUCCAGCUUUGGGUGAACAUUGUCCUGAAGGCUAUACAUUGUUAGAAUAUACUGUAUCAGGCUUCCCAGCUGAUUUAAAUCAUGGCAGCUUACGAACAAAUGAAUGUUAUUUAUGCUAUAGGAGAGGUCGGGAUAAACCACCAUUAGUUGAUAUUGGUGUAAUAUAUGAAGGGAAAGAGCGUAUAAUGCAGGAUGCACAAAUGGUACUAGAAACUCCCAAAGGGCAUGUAGCAAAUGUAAACAAUUCUACUUCAAAAAUUUUUGUAACAUAUAGACGGGCCAGUCAAAAGAUGCCUUGCAAUUCUCUUGUUGUUACUGAUAUAUGUGUUAUUUUGACAAACAAAGGGGAAAAUUCUCCACAUGCGUUUUGUGUCAUUAAUAAGAAUUUAAAUAAGGGAAUGUUAGGCAGUGAUGUAUUUUUAUGCUACAAGAAAUCCAUGAAUCGUGCUAACCUUAUAUCAUUCAAGCCAACAAUACUUUAUAAAUAUCCUACAACUGAUUAUAACAGUUUCGUUUUUCCAAAUUCUGUUGCCAUGUUUUGUUUACCUAUGGGUGCAACCAUAGAAUGUUGGCCAAAAGUGGCUUGUAAACCUAAGUCAUUAUUUUCAACAUUUGUCUUAACAGUCGCAGAUGCUGCACAAAAGAUAUAUGGCUCAGCAAUAACAUUUUAUGAAGAGUUUACAUUGCCACCAGAUGCUCUAAGCUGUAAAGGAAAUUUGGAUAUGAAAGAUAUUGAAGAAAAUACAAAAAAUAAUGCUGAUAGUAUUGAAUUAACGGAGGAGUUUCAUCAACCAAAAGCAAAAAUGUUCAGAAAAUAUGGAAUACUUAAGAAGCUUAAUAUAUCCCAAUGGGCAAAAUUACAAUUUACAGAUCCUAGCAGUCAGUCAUUAAAUAUCAGCAAGUCAAUAUGUAUAUUAUCACAUUGGCCAUUUUUUGAUACAUUUGAAAAAUUUCUAGUCUUUUUGCAUAGCAUGGUCAAUGGAAAACCUCAAAAUGUUUCAAUAGAAAAGUAUAUUUCUUAUUUUUUGUGUGAUAUACCUUUCCCAAGCCCACAAAGGUCAAGAAUUCUUGUGCAACUUAGCAGUAAAGAUAUGCUAAUCCUGACUCAGCCAGAAGAUUUAGUUUGGCCUAGAUCUGGUGCCAGUUUUAGACAAUUAUUAAUCAAUUUGGGUCCUGAUAAUUGCUUAUUGAUAUUGCUCCUAAUCUUAACAGAGCAAAAGAUAUUGGUUCAUUCAUUACGGCCUGAUGUGCUAACUUCAGUGAGUGAAGCUAUUGCAAUGAUUUUAUUUCCAUUUAAAUGGCAAUGUCCAUAUAUACCACUUUGUCCAUUAGGUUUAGCCGAGGUCUUGCAUGCACCAUUACCAUUUUUAAUUGGUGUUGACUCCAGGUUUUUUGAUCUAUAUGAUCCACCUUCUGAUGUUAAUUGUGUAAAUCUUGAUACAAAUAAUAUAGCAAUCUGUGAUGACAAAAAAUAUUUGAAUGUAAAAUUACUUCCUAAAAAGGCAGCUAGACAACUUAGAAAUUGUCUAGAACAUCUCUAUUCAAAAUUAAUAUCUCUUGGAAAGAUAUAUUCUUCUCAAAAAGAUCAAGAACAUGACGAUUUUAGUGUAGAUAAAGAAUUCCAACAAAAACAAAAAGAACAAGCCUUGGAACUUGAAAUACAAGAUGCUUUUUUAAAAUUCACUGCUACUAUUUUAAAAGGCUAUCGAUCUUUCCUGUUACCAAUUACAAAGGCUCCUACUGUAGGAUCAACUGAUCCAACAAGUUUAUUUAAUAUACAAGAAUUUUUAAGAAGUCGUGAUAAGGCACAUGCAAAAUUUUAUAGUAUGCUUGUUAGAACUCAAAUGUUCAUAAGAUUCAUAGAAGAAAGAAGUUUUGUAUCUGAUAUGGAUAUGGCUGGCCUAGCUUUUUUUGAUGAGUGUACUGAACGUGUGGAGGAAGAGAAUGUCACACUUUUGGAAUUAGAUGAAUCUCAACAUAGCGAACGUACAGUAUUCAUACCUCCUCCUGAAGCAGGACCAAACCAAGGACCUUUUAUAUAUAAAACGUUUAAAUUAAAUCCUGAAUUAAUGAGGCCUGAAAAAAAUUUUAAUUUAAGGAAUCCAGCUUUAAAUGCUUUUGGAAUUGUACCUGGAAGUCCUAUGGCACGUAGGACUAAGCAUGAAAUAAAAGUAGCUCAGAAAAUGGCGCGUAAACAGGCAGCAAUGCCUGAUAGAUGGGCUAGAUGUUUACUUGGAACGUGUUACAGUCUCUGGUUUUUACAUUUACCAGCGAUGUUGCAGGUUUCCAGUCAACCAGCCGCAAUUUUGCAUCAAGCAUAUGAAUUAUUAGUUCGAAUGCAAAAAUUACAUCUUGAUCCUAUGGAAGAAGUUUGUUAUAGAGCUAUGAUGCAACUUUGUGGAUUAUAUGGACAACCAUUAUUAGCUGUUAAGUUAUUAUUUCAUAUGAAACGUAGUGGUGUUCAACCAAAUGCCCUAACAUACGGAUUUUAUAACAAAGCUGUCCUUGAAGCAACAUGGCCUUCUGAUAUGACAAAUUCAAGUCAGUUAAUGUGGAAUAAACUACGAAAUGUUAUCGUUGGUGCAGCUUUGUUUAAAAAGGCUGGCAGAAAAGGUGCCAGAAGAAGACUUAAUUCCAAUGUUGAUUUUUUAAAUACUGAUGGAAUAACCGAGGAAAUGGAACAUGCUCUUUCCAGAUCUAGUCUUGAUAGUAGUCACUCUCAAGAUACAGAAGCUGCUCAUAGUGACUCAACAAAAGGUAGCUCUGUGCCUGAUUUACCAGGAUAUGGAUCAUAUGAAUUGAAAGCAAAACUUCUUAGACAAAACAGUAUAGUAAAAGAUCAAGCGUUGCUGAAUAUGGUGCAAUCAGAGAAAUUAAAUCGCUCUUUUAGUAAUCCAAGAAUAGUACGCAGUACCGAAUCGCCCUUGAAGAGUCCUGUACGAACACCAGUUACUGAAAAUGAUCCAUUGGGAGCUCUAAUUAAUGAUGAAACGCCAGUUGUGUCACCUUCUGAGGAAAAUGACUCCAAUUGCUCAACUAGUACUUUAACAGUUUUAAAUAAUACUGUUGAAGAAAGACCAGGUGGACCACUUUUAUUUAGAAGUAAUAUUUUACCACGGAGUGCAACAUUUCAUCAAGCAGUAGAUGAAAGUAGUACAACAGUAAGUGGUAAUUUACAAAGGAGCGAAACGAUGCCUCAUUCAGUAGCACCACCAGGUGAGGAGAGAGAAAAAGAGAGACUGGAAAUAAGCAGUCUUUGGUCGCAAAAGGACAGUGUGACAUCUAGUUUAUCUAGCCUAGGAUCCAGUUUAAAACUUAGUUUUGGACGAUACUCAGCCAGCGGGUUAGCAUUUACUAAAAAUAAGGAAUUAAUAUUAUCAAAUCAGCUCAUCGAAUCUCUUAAUCUGUCCAGUUAUAUCAGUCCGUCAGGCUUGGCUGGAAAGAAAUCCAAUGAGAUAAUAUUGGGUGGCUUAAACAGUUUGAAAUCAGCUGCAACAAGUGUUGCCAAAAAAUUUGAUGAAAUAAAAGAAGCUAUAUCUGCAACAAGUACUCCCGUUAAACUUAAAGAACGCGAUCAAAAAUUAGGAUGUGGAGUUUCACACGAAUCAUUAGAUUCUUGUAUCGAUGGAUCCUUGCAAGAUCGAAAUGAAGUCUCUGCCAGAUUGUCUGGUGAUGGAGCUUUGGAUGUAUAUUUGUUAUAUGAACUUGGAGAAUGUUUAUAUCCCAAAGGUUCUAGAGAGUUAGAAGAACGUGCUGCUAUUGAAUUUGUACUUUCAAGCGCUAGUAGAUGUCAUAAUUGUGCUGCAAUACUUUAUGAUGAAGAGAUAAUGGCAGGCUGGCAACCAGAAGAUUCUAAUUUAAACACGGUUUGUCAGUAUUGUGACAAAGCCACAGUUCCGCUUCUUACGGUUACUAUAUUAGAUUACAGAUGUAAAACAAAUGAAAAAAGCAGCGAUCCUUUAAUGGGAGCUUUAGUCGAACUUUCGGAUAAGCCGAGAGAGCAGCUGGAGCCAAUUACAAUACCGUAUCUAAAUCCAUUGGUUUUGAGAAAAGAAUUAGAAAGUGUAUUAAGUCAGGAAGGUGAUACAUGUUUAACUAGACAUAUAUUCAUUGAAGAACAUCCAAUAGUAUAUUGGAAUCUAAUAUGGUAUUUUGAAAGAAUUAAUUUAACAAGUCAUCUCUCUGACCUUUGGUUGCAUAAUGAUGCAAAUAAACAACUACAAAGCAAUUCUAAUUCUGUGAGUAUAAGAACAAUGUGGGAUAAUGAGAGAAUUCAUAUGGGUCGAUUGCCAAUGUAUCUCCAGUGGAAACUAAAUGCUACAGAAGACCGAACAUUAAUGCAAACGAUAAUAUCAUACGUACGUUGCAAUGACUUGACAGAACCUAUAAAAAGAGUGGCCUUAGAAAGAAGUAAAAAUCAAUCUGAAGAGGAAGCUCCAUUUUCUAUUUAUAGAGAUAUUUUGUUUUUGGCAUUUAUUGCUGUCGGUGGAGGAAAUAUUCAUCAAGGAGUUUUCGAUAAACAGUACGGUUCCGCUUUAGAACGAUUAACAGAAAACGAAGAACACCUACUUCAUAAGCAGGAUGCCCCUCCGUCCCUAAUGUCGCUAUGUUGUAGACAUUAUUUUAAACAAUUAAUCGUUUGAAAAAAUAAUCGAAUGCAAUGAGUAUUAUGUUUACCAAAAUACUCGUGAAAAAUUUUAAGGGAAAGUUAUUGGAUUAGACUUUAGACCAAACAUAUAAGAUUGAAUGCACAAUGCACGUGAAAAUUGUUAAUAUCGUGCUAGCCAACAAUUGUGACAAAGAUCAUAAUGUAUCAAACGUUGUUAUGUCAUUUAAUGAAAGUGAUUGUUUAUUUUAUUACAACGAUUCUUAUUAUUCCCCGUUAUUGCAUGCGGGUCAAAAGUAACGUGAUCAAAUCAGCGCAAUAUACGCAUUCAAUAACAUAGGAUUUCUUAAAAAUGAUAUACGUCCAAUGUUUCAUAUUUCAUUUCCGUUUUCACACGAUGUUAUUUCUAUCGCCUUGAAUUGAAAUCGAAAUUGAAAUCGAGAUAUACAUAUGCAUCGUUAAAUCUAAGAGUACAACAUGGGAAAAUGCUAAGUACCAAAGAAUUUAUAAAUCACAUAGUAACACGUACAGUUAUAUUUUUCUAGAUAUUUUACGGAUAUUCUUUUUUCAGUCUGUUUUUCAUAAAUCCUUAUAUCUCACUAUUCAAAGUACAACUUUACAGGCAAGUUUACAAAGUUGCUAAUCAUUGUUUUCUUUUACAUCGAAAAGAAGAAGAUCGAUGUUUGUGAAAUUUAAUAAUAUUUAACUAAUAGGAUCUGGUAAUAUAUUUUGCUGUACUCUUAGAUAGAACAAACAUAUAUAUGUGCGAACAAAAACACAAUGUAAGUAUUGGUACACCUUCCUGAAGGCAUAGUAUUAAUUAGCAAUGUGUGAAUUUCGGCCAACAUGUGGCUGUAGCAUGUAUGAUCUAAAUAUGUAGUUUGCAAUCAAGUAUCUGGAUUUUGGACGAUAAUGUCAUUUAACGUGAGGGGAUAUUGAAUCUAUAAGCUCUGUUUAAAAUCCUGAAAGAUCAAACGGAGCGACUAAUAAACGAGCUAAAAUUUUAAUUACUUUGUGUAAAAUAGCAGGAAGAAGGAUUGAUGACAAUGAAGGUUGUCCUUAUGACAUGUAUGUUUAUCAAAGCACGUAUGCAUCGAUGCAUUUUGUGUUUUCUUGUGGUAGAAAAGUCGCAACAAUGAAUAUUAUACAUCUCUUACAGAAUUUCUUCUCCUGCCUAUUUUUUCUUGUGCUUUCAAUUUUUUAUGCCAUGUAUAUUUUAUCUUGAAUACUGAACGAACAAACAAAACAUAAAAAAAUAAAUAAAUGUAUUAUUGCACGCGCGCUCAUACGUAUAAACAUACAUACUUAUAUAAACACAUAAAUAAAUGACAUAGUAGAUCCAUAAAAGUCGAUCUCGACAUAUUUUACAAAAAAUAAUAUCGUCCGUUUAGUAACUGAGGCAUAGAAAUCGCGUGUCUUAAUUGUAAAUACAAUUGACGAUUGAUACAAAUUAAAUUUAUUCGACAGUAAUAUUUAGUAUUUUUUAUUAAUUGCGCUAUAUCGCGCGCAGAAUAUAAAGUUAUUGCGCAGUCCGAUUUUAUAAUAAAAUGGAAUGCUUGCCAAUUGCAUGUGCAUAUAAGUACUUGUAUAUAAAAGCGCAUGUAUACCGAUUGAUCUUGCGACAUGAAAUCAUUCGUUAUGUAAAAUUUGCAUGUGUACAAAAUAAGAACAUGCACAUAAAAAUGUGCACUUGUACAGCCUUGUAUAUGCACCAUAGAUAUGCGUAUUGAUGAUGGAUUUCUUUGGCAAUAUUGUGCAAUACAGGACUGGCUUGUUUUGAAUUAAACUAUUAAAAUUAUUUAACAGAAAACUGUGUAUAUACGAACAAAUAAUAAAAAUUAGAUCGUAAUUUUUCCGUGGAAAAUUAAUCACGAUGAAAGCAUAGUGUAUUCUGAGACGUGAAAGUAUAUAGUUAUUAGCAAUUUUCUCUCUUUUUUUAUUUUUAUUGUGUAUUAUAUAUAUAUAUAUAUAUAUAUAUAUAUAUAUAUAUAUAUAUAAACUCAUACAGAUAUCAUUUUAACUUCUCAUAUUAUUUCUAAAAGUAAUUCCUCUUGUUCUAUAAAAACGGUCCAUCCUGUAUCUAUACGAAUUAUUAUCAACUAAAUGUUGAUAAAGCCAUAUACAAAAAAAGUAUGUAACUAUUUUCGAUAAUAUACCGCCUUUAAACUUAA